UGGCGCCGCGGUGAGGCGGUGCGGGGGCGGCGGCUCCUGCUCUCCGGCACCAACCGGAAGCGCAGGGGACGGAGCGGGAGACGCGGUCGCGCCGGUUCCAGCCUCCCUCGGCGGCUCCGGGAUCGGCGCUGCUCGAGUCCCGCCAGCCCGGAGUCACUCGGGGAAGGUUUUGCUGUGGUAUAUUUUGUCAUUAUGAGAUGUCGUCUACCAGUGCUUCAUUUGUGCAAAUUAGAUUUGAUGAUUUGCAGUUUUUUGAGAACUGCGGUGGAGGGAGUUUUGGGAGCGUCUACAGAGCCCGAUGGAUUUCUCAAGACAAGGAGGUGGCUGUAAAGAAGCUGCUCAAAAUAGAGAAAGAGGCAGAAAUACUCAGUGUGCUCAGUCACAAAAACAUCAUUCAGUUCUAUGGAGCUGUCAUUGAACCUCCAAAUUAUGGCAUAGUUACAGAGUAUGCUUCUGCUGGCUCACUGUUUGAUUACAUCAACAGUAACAAAAGUGAAGAGAUGGAUAUGGAUCAUAUCAUGACCUGGGCAACUGACAUAGCUAAAGGAAUGCAUUACUUACACAUGGAAGCUCCAGUCAAAGUAAUCCACAGAGAUCUGAAGUCCAGGAAUGUUGUUAUAGCUGCUGAUGGUGUGUUAAAGAUCUGUGAUUUUGGUGCCUCAAGAUUCCACUCCCAUACAACACAUAUGUCAUUAGUGGGCACAUUUCCAUGGAUGGCCCCAGAAGUUAUCCAAAGUCUCCCAGUGUCUGAAACAUGUGAUACAUAUUCAUAUGGAGUGGUUCUCUGGGAGAUGCUAACAAGGGAGGUCCCCUUUAAAGGCUUGGAAGGAUUACAAGUAGCUUGGCUUGUAGUGGAAAAAAACGAGAGAUUAACCAUUCCAAGCAGUUGUCCCAGAAGUUUUGCAGAACUAAUGCACCAGUGUUGGGAUGCUGAUUCAAAGAAAAGACCAUCUUUCAAGCAGAUCAUUUCAAUCCUGGAAUCUAUGUCAAAUGACAGCAACCUUCCAGACCAGUGUAACUCAUUCCUGCAUAACAAGGCAGAAUGGAGAUGUGAAAUUGAGGCAACCUUAGAGAGGCUAAAGAAACUGGAGCGUGAUCUGAGCUUUAAAGAGCAGGAAUUAAAGGAACGGGAGCGACGUUUGAGGAUGUGGGAGCAGAAGUUAACUGAACAGUCCAAUACUCCUUUUUUCUUACCUCUUGCUGCAAGAAUGUCUGAGGAGUCUUACUUUGAAUCUAAAACAGAGGAGUCAAACAGUGCAGAGAUGUCAUGUCAGAUUACAUCAACAAGUAACGGGGAGGUAGCUGGCAUGAACCAAAGUCUGAAGGCCUUGAUGAUGACGGGCUUUGGGGAUAUCUUCUCUCUGAACCAAGCAGGAUCUGUCCUGCAUUCUGGAAUGCAGAUAAACAUGCAAGCCAAAAAGAAUUCUUCUAAAACCACCUCUAUGAGAAAAGGGAAGAAAAUCAACAUGGCUUUGGGUUUCAGUGAAUUCGACUGGUCAGAUGAUGAGGAUGAUGAUGAUUAUUUUGAUGACACAGAUGAAAGCAGUGAAUGAAGUCAGCUGUAGAAUUAACUCUGACGUCAGUUUUAGCAGAACAAAACAAUAAAGCUUUAGAACAAGAAUCCUGUCAGAUUGGUUUGUUUAAAUCCUGUAAAAGAAGGGAAAAAAAAGGUUAAAAAAAAAUAAGUGAGCUGUUUUCCAGCCUGAGCUUGUUUGUAGAAAGACAUGUUUUUUUGUUUAGAUUGUGAUGGCUUAUUUCUGCUUUGAUGCAAGUUGGAACUAAACUUUACAAACCUAUUGAGAUUAUUAGUAUUUUAAGAACCAUGAUUAUAUCUGUAAUUCUUGAUGCCUGAUUACAGAAACUCUGGCUUGAUAAACUAAAGAUCUGAAAACAUUGGAGGAAACCUCAAUGCCUGUAAUGUACUUCAAAUUUUUCUUUUGUAUUUUUUGUUAUUUCCUUACCCCUUUAAUUGUCAGUUGUGAAUAUGUACUUGUCCUUCCAGAUGUGCUGUUCUCUAUAGUCUGUUCUCUCUUACUGUUGCAGUGAAAGGGUUUGCUGCAUUUCUAAUUUAAUGCUGUUUUCAAGGUAGUGUUGUGAGACAUCACAAAUAUGUUCCUAGGAUGAGAGGAGUUUGGUUGAUGGCAAAAGAGGGGUUAGUUUAAUACACAGUUUAAAAACUGAAUAGCAGCAGAAUCCAGAUAAUCCCUAUUAGUGGAUGAUUUGUAUAAAUGUUCCUCUUUCCCCUGGUGUAUGUGCAUGUGUAUAUAAAUUCACUCCAGCAAAGCAAACUGCAAUCAGACCUCUGCAUCUAUUAUAAGAUAUUGUGAUCUAAAAGCUAAUUUUCAGUUAUGUUGAUGUAAAUCCAGGAAGCCUCAUUAACUAUAGUGGGCUUAUUCUUGUACCCAGAAGUAAAAAUCAGUGAGUUUUGAUUCUGUUGCAUCUCUUAAAACGUGUGUGCUGCCCUUAUGAAAGGACAAAGAGAAGUGACAGUGACAUUUUGGCUUGGGUCCUACUACUGUGGCCUAUGUGAAAUUCUCCAUGAUGGCAAUAACCUGAGGAUUAUUUAGUAGUCUCUGUGUACCUGUUUUACAGCUAAAUCACUUCUAAAGUAUUGCCACUGCUGUUGUGACUCACCAUAGAACUUGGUGUAACAAUCUGCUGCAAUAAUUGUCUGCCAGGCACUUAUGUCGAGAGCAGUGAGUAUGUUUCUCCUGAUGACCCCUUUAGUGGUGAUGCAGAAGGAGGGAGGGAAACCAGUGCAAACACAAAUACAGGUUAGAAAGGAAGAUGUUGUAACAUAUUUGCCCAAGGAAGAAGGGCAGCAUUUCAAAAGAAAAAAUGCUGCUGUCUAGUUCAGCGACAGUGGGAGUAAGGCAUCAAAAUUUCAUUCUCAAUUACUGGAGGGCUUUCUUUUGUGAAAACUUCUGGUGUUGAGUGGCUUCUUUAAUUAUAGACUUGCCUCUUGCACAGAUCUAUCCUACAUAUUAUGGUGAUUUUGUAGAUAGCUUUGAGAAAAAUAGAUACAUUAGAUAACAGCAGGCCCGAAAUCGUUACUUGUUCACUCAACAAAAGAAGAAGUUCUUUGAAGGAGUUUUUUUAGAGUGAUGAGUGGGCAUCUCUUGGGGUUGUGCAAGAGAGUUGUUUUAUCCUUAAGCAUCAGCAUUGGUCUGGUAACCUGCAAGGCAGUGAGUGCUGAGCUUCAGGCUAGCCUCCUCCACUCAGUUUGCACAGAAUUAGACCCUUCAAGAUACUUAAUUUCUGUAGGGCAUCAUCCCACAUUCUGCCUUCUACCUAACACUACAAAAUACAUUGGCUUGACUUGAACCCUCUUGUAUCAGGAAGCUUUGCUCAUGACAGAAUUGUAAUUUAAAUGAUGUCGUAAGUUCAUAGAACAUGCCAAGGAGAAACUUGCUCCUUUGGCACAGGUAGAGAUGGCUUCUUAGGUCUGUCAAAGCAACCUUACUUUAGGGGGAAAAAGGGACAUGGAUGGCCAAAUAAUUAAAUGGAAAUAAGAGCAAAUAGGCUGUUUCCAGUGCAGAUCUCUGCUAUUUUUGUAAGUCUGUGUCUGAUAACACCCACAGCAAUCAUACUAUUUUUGUCACAGCCACUUUGCACCCAGGAAAAUGUGAUGGAUUUCUGUAAUCUAAUAUUUGCACUUUAGAUCUUAAGAUGUGUGUCAUUGUGCGUGAAUUACUGCACGCCACAAGCAGUGUAGCAUUGUUCAGCUUUUAACUGAACACAAAUUUGGUUCAGUACAUUUAGUAUCCAAAAUCAAAACCCCCAGCUCUGUCCCUAGCACUGAUGUUUUGCACUUGUUUAGCACUUGACAAUCUCAGAGCACUUUGGGCACAUUUAUAUUUGCAUAAGUUUUAACUGACUUUGUAAAUCUACUCCUUAUGGAAGUAAAAAUAGUAGUCCUUAAGUAAUACGACACAGGGUUACAUAGUUGCCAAACCAUAAGAUUUAAGUGUCCUCAAGGUUUUGUGCUAACCUAACCUCAUAACAGCGAAAUAGCAUCAGGAUUUAAUGACAUGCUCAUAGAAAUUUCUGCUUUCUACUUAGAUCUGGUAUUUUUAGUACAGUAAGAUGGAUUUUUUUCCCCCAUCCCUUUUCCUUAUUCAUACUUUAUUUGUCAACUAUAUUAGGCUAUAUUAAGGAAAAAAUUAAACUCUUGUAAAACUUAACUGUGUUUUCAGAGUAGCAAAGGUGGUCUCUGGGUUCUAGAGAAGGUGAUAACGUAACAAACUCUUCUGCUGUAGUUCCCUUGAGACAGUGUUAUGUUUGGGAUAUUGGCUUUGCUUGUUAGAAAAAUAACGGUAUUGGUUGCAUUUUUGCUUUCCUAUGAUGACUUUUAUACCAGAUGUCUCCAGUUUACAAGCCAAAAAUCAUAUACAAGAAUCAGGCUGCAUUGUUUCUGCCUCUGAUAUGCUUCUCACUAGAUAAAAGCUUUGACGAUAGCUCUGGUGGGCAGGUGUGUUGUCUGGUGGAGGUCAGAGUAUUUGAUCUUCCAUACCCAAUUUUGUUCUGCUGUGCAACCCAAUCUUCCACCUGUAUCAUCACUAGGUUAUGCAGAUUUCCACAACAGUCCACAGCCACAUAGUGUGUCAACUUAAGAAAGCACUAACCAAACCCAGUUUCCUCUGCUGGCUGUAAAGCUCUGGAGGCAUCUGCAGUAAAAUAAUAUUGCUGCAUUUGAUGGUGGGAAAUUAAGAACCAGGUCUGAACUUUGUGUUUUUAUUGGUUAUUGUGUUGCCAACAUUGACUUAAGUGGAUAAAUGGCCAAAGAGAAGAACUGGCUUUUGGCUUGCUUAAAGAUAGAGAGUGAGCUGGGACCAAGGCAGGAUGUCCAAUUCCCUUUCUUUUCCUUCAGCAGUGGGGACAAAAUGGAAGGGGAAAUUAAUGGAGGAAACUUGCAAUCUAGUAAUUUUUUGUGAUGAUAACACCCCCAAUUCCUUGGAGUAGCAAGUGUCCUAAGGUAUGUUCUGUAGGUGUUGCUGAAUUCCCAGCUGGCUGUGUGCUGCCAGACAUGGAGAUUGUCCCCUCUAGGUGGGAAGGGCUUCCAGGAGGAGAGGUCUGGCACAGCUUCUUGUCAUGUAGUCACAUUCUUGACAUUUGUUUAUUGUUCCAGUGGUUUUGUUUGAUGUUGUGAUUCCCUUUCCCUCUGGAUUUUGAAGUGGUUGUUCUGAGCUAAAUAUCUGAUGCAAUAAUAGUUGAUAAUGCUGUCAGCAGGAGUGGUAAAUCCAUAGGGUGCACACAGCUGUUAAAUAUUCAGCAGCGCCACUGUGUGCCUUUAGUACUGUGGUUCCUUUUUCUGUAAUCAGGCAACUUUUACAGGGUUUUAAUAAGACCUCUACCUUGACAGGGAUUUCAACUACAGUCCUAGGUAGAAUGUUCAGGUAGAAAAGUAAGUUCAUGUAGUAAUUUUCACAGCCCUUAAACUGCACUGGUAGGAAUCUGGAGGAAAGACAGACGUUUCCCUUUCCCCCAGACUUCGACUUAGUGCCCACUGUAAAAUCUGCACAGAGAUUUCUGAUGUGUGAAAAUUGAACUUUAAAGCUGUAGAACCAACAACUUCUUUAACCAUUUUAUAUUGUGUGCUAAAUAUUCAUAAUGCCUUUUCAAGUCAGAUAUAGUCCACUGCAUUUCUUGCUUUUGCACUACUGAAGAAGUUUUGUACUGAAUACUAGGAGUAAAUGUUACUUACACUUCAAGUGUGAACCAGUGAAAUUUGAAUAGAAAAUAUUUUCACAGCGUUAGAAAAACUUCAUUUUCCCUUCUGAGAAAAACAAAGCUGAGCGCAAUGCCUGUGCCAAAACUCAUUCUGUAAACUGAAUAUAUCAUUUGUGUUGAACAUGUGAUGUUACACUUCUGUGUGGUAAAACCUUACAGCGUCAGUUACUCUCUUUAUUUCACUUGACAUAUUAUGUCUUGGUUUUGUUUUGUUUUGUUUUUUUUCACACUGUGGAUUUGAUUUUCCAGUGUAAAACCAAAGCAAACAAACAGAAAGAAAUCAUGCAAUGUAUUCAAUUUCCUCAAUUGGUGUCAUAAACUUUUCUUUUUGAUGUGAACUUUUUUCCUUUUGCUUCUCUUUGUUCCAAACUUCUAUUUUGCAAUAAACAUUUUGACAGUAAA